GUUUCACAUUCAUUCAUUAGUACUCAUAAACCAAUCAUUAAAAGUAAGAAAAAAAAAACAGAGAAGAAAGGUGAAGAAAUUGGAUAAUGUCUGCUUAUACCUCAUUAAACUUUCUCUUCCUUCUAACCUUCUUCAUUGGAAGCUUGAGAGUUUCUGCACAAUUACAAGACCCUACUUACGUUGGCCAUGUUUGUACUAACAGGAUAUCAAGAAACUCCAUUUACUUCUCAAAUCUCCAAACACUUUUGACCUCUCUUUCUUCUAACAAUGCUUACUUCUCUUUGGGAUCUCAUAGUCUCACAAAGGGUCAAAACUCCGACAUGGUGUUCGGACUUUAUCUCUGCAAAGGAGAUCUCUCGCCAGAAUCUUGCCGUGAGUGCGUCAUCUUUGCUGCUAAAGACACUCGGAGUCGAUGUCCAGGUGGGAAAGAGUUCUUGAUUCAGUAUGAUGAGUGCAUGCUUGGAUACUCAGACAGGAAUAUAUUCAUGGAUACUGUAACCACAACUACAAUAAUCACUUGGAACACUCAGAAAGUUACGGCGGACCAAUCUGACCGGUUUAAUGAUGCAGUGCUUUCUCUGAUGAAAAAGUCUGCAGAGGAAGCGGCUAAUAGUACAAGCAAGAAAUUCGCGGUUAAGAAGUCGGAUUUCAGUUCGUCUCAGUCGCUUUAUGCAUCGGUUCAGUGCAUUCCUGAUCUGACUAGUGAAGAUUGUGUAAUGUGUCUUCAACAAUCCAUCAAAGAAUUAUAUUUCAACAAAGUUGGAGGAAGAUUUCUUGUCCCAAGUUGUAACUCAAGGUACGAGGUUUACCCCUUUUACAAGGAAACUAUAGAGGGAACUGUUCUUCCUCCGCCGGUUUCGGCUCCUCCACUGCCACUGGUUUCAACUCCUUCCUUUCCGCCUGGAAAAGGCAAAAAUUCUACAGUGAUAAUCAUAGCAAUUGUUGUGCCAGUCGCUAUCUCAGUUCUUAUUUGUGUAGCUGUUUUUAGCUUCCAUGCAUCAAAGAGAGCAAAGAAGACUUAUGAUACACCAGGUGCAAAUGAUGAAGAGGAUGACAUCACAACUGCAGGGUCACUGCAGUUUGAUUUCAAGGUUAUUGAAGCUGCAACAGAUAAGUUUUCGAUGUGUAACAAACUCGGUCAAGGUGGAUUUGGACAAGUUUACAAGGGCACACUUCCUAAUGGAGUACAAGUUGCCGUGAAGAGACUAUCGAAAACAUCAGGACAAGGUGAGAAAGAGUUCAAGAACGAAGUUGUUGUUGUGGCAAAGCUUCAGCACAGAAAUCUGGUCAAGCUUCUUGGAUUUUGUUUGGAGAGAGAAGAGAAAAUACUUGUCUACGAGUUUGUGUCUAAUAAAAGCCUUGAUUACUUCUUGUUUGAUUCUAGAAUGCAGAGCCAGCUGGAUUGGACUACACGGUACAAGAUCAUAGGAGGAAUUGCUAGAGGAAUUCUGUAUCUCCAUCAAGAUUCACGACUCACAAUCAUACAUCGAGACCUAAAAGCGGGUAACAUCCUUUUGGAUGCUGAUAUGAACCCGAAAGUUGCAGAUUUUGGAAUGGCGAGGAUUUUUGAAAUAGACCAAACAGAAGCCCAUACGAGAAGAGUAGUUGGAACCUAUGGUUACAUGUCUCCCGAGUAUGCGAUGUAUGGCCAAUUUUCAAUGAAAUCUGAUGUCUAUAGCUUCGGUGUCUUAGUUCUUGAGAUUAUAAGCGGGAGGAAAAAUAGCAGCCUCUAUCAGAUGGAUGCUAGUUUUGGAAACUUGGUUACAUAUGUGAGUAUAAUAAACACUUACACUUUUUUGCUCUACUAAACAUUCAUAACAUAUAAGUCUUAAAUUGUUCAAUAGACUUGGAGGCUAUGGAGUGACGGGUCACCACUAGACCUCGUGGAUUCUUCCUUUCGAGAUAGUUAUCAAAGAAACGAAAUAAUUAGAUGCAUCCAUAUUGCCUUAUUAUGUGUCCAAGAAGAUACUGAAAAUCGUCCAACCAUGUCAGCGAUCGUCCAAAUGCUUACUACUAGCUCGAUCGCCCUCGCUGUACCUCAACCACCUGGAUUUUUCUUCCGGAGUAAUCAUGAACAAGCAGGUCCAUCGAUGGAUAAGUCUUCUCUUUGUUCCAUUGAUGCUGCAUCGAUUACUAUUUUAGCUCCUCGUUAAAGACAAACUUGUUUCAUAAACUAGAACUAACUGCAAAUUUCAACAUUUGGAUUUUGGUGUUCAUUUUCUAAUACUCUAGGAGAUUGUUACUAGAAUUGAGGUCACGGUGUUUUGAAUUGUUUGCACAUAAAUGUACAAAUAAUUUACAAGUUGGUCCCAUCAAU